AUGCCGCAAAACUCGGUAGUAAAACCUCACGUCGUGAUCAUCGGUGCUGGAUUAGGGGGGAUUGCUUGUGCAAUUUCUAUCAAGAAGCAGCUUGGCUUCACGAAUUUUACCACUUCACUGAUAGCAAUGGCCGUUAAGAUGUAUGAGAAGGGAGCGGGCUAUGGAGGAACGUGGCGGGAAAACACCUACCCAGGCUCCGCGUCUGAUACCCCAACGCAUUGGUACAGCCUAUCUACAGAGCUUAACCCGCACUGGACUGCCGUGAUGGCACCCCAGCCAGAGCUGCUGGCCUAUUGGCAGGGCCUCGCUCAGAAGCACAAGCUGCACGCAAACACUGUCUUUCACGCACAUGUGGUCUGCGCAACGUGGAAUGAUGCUCUGCGGGAGUGGGAGUUAGUAGUUGAGGACGUGACCACGGGCAUAUGCACGGCGACGACCGCAAGGGCAGUUGUGUCUGCGACUGGAAUCUUGAACGAGCCGUUUGUCCCGGAGAUUGUGGGUGCGUCUAUCCCGCCCAUACAUCCAGUUGGCCAUGCAAAGGCUUCGCGGCUGCGAGGGCGGUAUCAACCACUCCAGUGUCGCCGACCAAUUCUGGACCCUGGAUACCUAGCGUGCUUGCAUCAGCCAAAUAUUGAGCUUAGGUGGGGAGAAAUCAAGGAGAUCCAGGAGGAUGGCAUCCUGAUGGAAGGUGACGUCGACGUCACGCCCUUCGAUGUGGUUAUCCUGGGGACUGGCUUCAUCACGGGGAAGUACUUCGUGUCUGUGACUGGCAGCAACGGACAAACACUCGAAGAAUAUCACAAAGGGCAAGGUGGUCCGUCUGCAUAUGCGGGUGGCGUGUGCGUUCCCGGCUUCCCAAACUACUUCUUCAUCGGAGGACCGAACACCGUAACUGGAAAUGGCUCCGCAGUGUACACCCACGAAUGCGAGGUAUGGUCAGCUGCGCCGUCCCUAUACACUUUCGCUGACCAGACGCAGGUCAAUUACAUUGUACAACUUCUUCGUCCGCUUCUGUGUCCGCCGUCCUGUGCUCCCCGCGCGGCGUCACUUACCGUGCUCCCCACAGCACAUGCGGCGUAUAACGAGCGUCUGCAGCGCGCGAUGGCGGGUCCGGAAUACGGCGGCUGCCCACCGUCGUGGUUUCGGGUGGGCGGGAAGAACGUGAGCCUGUGGCCGUGGACGCAUGCGUGGUUCUGGUGGGUUAUGCGGAGGGUGAGGUGGCAGGAUUAUGAGCUGCAAGCUGAGUGA